AUGGCGGAUGGCCGAGCAGAGUCCACAUUCCCGCGCUUCCUGCUCUUUCUCCUGCUGGCUGGCGCUGCCUAUCGCGUGCGCAUGGUCGUUGUCCGCAGUCGUUCCUGGUUCAAGCGCCAGCGCAGCCUAGCUACACGUUUACACACCGCCCUUACUUCCUCUGCAGCGAUGCGGGCGGCCCUUACCCUACUCGCACUGGCGCCCGCCGCCUCUGCCCUGUCGCUCCACAGAGCGGAGGUGGAUGCCGAGGACACGCUGUUCGCCCUGUCGUCUGCGGGCGCCUCACAGCAAGUGGGAGCUGAGGAGCGGGCCGGAGAUACGCUCUUCGCCCUGUCGUCCGAGUCCGAGGCCCAGCAGGCCGGGCAGCAGGCCGAGGACGAGUACAACUCCGUGAGCAGCCUCCUCUCCGAGGCGGAGGCGCUUCUGCAGGAGGAGGUGGCGAGCGACCGGGAGGCGGCCGAGGAAGAGAUGCGCUCCGCUUCGCGGGGGACACGGCCAGGCGAGCCUUCCAUCCAGUGGUUCGGCGUGUGGAAGCGCGUCGGAUACAUCGGAUGA